CCCGCGUCCCCUGUUCGGCCCCGGAUCCGCUGCGCUCACUGCCAUCUACGAAGGCGGGCCCCGGCCGAGCGACUCCCACGGGCCUCCUGCACCGCGCUCCGUCCGUCGGCGGUAAAAAAAAGAGAGAGGAGUAAGCAGGGGCGGCCGGCUGUGAGACCCGGGUCCAAAUCUGGGUGACGCCCGUUGACCGCGACCAGGAGGCGAGGGGAGUGGCCGGGAGCGAGCGAGGGAGGAAGAGGUGAGGAGUGAGCCGGACGGACGCAAGCGCGAGCAGCAGCGGCCACCCCGCGCACGCAUUCGCCCGUACGCCCCCACCCGCUCCUUCCUUAUCUUUCCCCCUCGGCGGCAGCCCCCCCGCCCUCCUCGGCGGGCCGAUCUGGCAUGAAGCGCCAGCGGUCGUCCUACGUCGACGACGACGACCCGGACGGCGACAGGCGGAGGUUCUACGACCGCGGGGGCCCGCCGUCGCCGCGCCGCCGCCCCGCGGAGUACGAGAGCGACGAGUUCGACCGCCGGGCCGGCUUCGGCGGCGGCAGGUUCUACGACCACCGCUACCGGGACUCCCCCUCGCCGCGGGGCUAUGGCGGGGACCGCGCGAUGCACCGCUCCGAGAGCUUCUCCGGCUUCCGCCGCGAGUUCCCCAAGGGCUUCCGCGCCGACCGCGACCGGUCGUCGCGCUGGGACGCGAGCGGCAGCGGCAGCGGCGGCGGCGGCGGCUCGGCGUGGCGCCGUCCCGGUGGCCCCUGGAGGGAUCCGCACGGCUUGGACGGCCACAAGUCUGCCACCAGGCGGCAGGCGCCGUCGCCGCCUACGCCCCCUCGCCGGUCUCCUAGUGAGCCCAGGAGGAGGAUAGAUGGUCCCAAGGGGGACAAGUUGAGGAAGCACAACUGCGGCGCCGGUGAGAUCGAGGAAGGGGAAGUCGCGCCAGAUCCGGACGCCAAAGCCCCGCCUCCGCCUGCCGUCGCGGAGCAUCAGAAGUGGGUUGACUCAGGCCGUCCUGAUGACAAGGGCACUAGUAAGAGAUGCGAGUUAAAGAAAGUGGAUUCACCUGGGCCAAGACUAAGAGUGGAUUUGAGAACUCAAGCUGCCGACAACUCGGGGAAGGAGAAAGGGAAGAUCAGCGAUGAUGCAGUUGCAGAAGCAGGGAAAGUAACAACCACGCAGCAUGAGAAAUCAGCAUCAGAUGUCACAGGGAAAGUAGCAAACACACAGCAUGAGAAAUCAGCAUCGGAUGUCACGGGGAAAGUAUCAAACACACAGCAUGAGAAAUCAGCAUCGGUUGUCACAGAGAAAGUAGCAAACGCACAGCAUGAGAAAUCAGCAUCGGUUGUCACAGAGAAAGUAGCAAACGCACAGCAUGAGAAAUCAGCAUCGGAUGUCACGGAGAAAGUGUGUGGAGGAGAUGGAGCUGCCAGUGCCGUUGAUCAAGGUGGAGAGAGCACUUCCUCCGCUAUGCAGCUGGAAGCGCGGCAUGAGGAAGUCGUUACACGACAAGAUGGUGCCAAUGCUGCUCAUGUGGGUGGGCAGAGCACUUCAUCUGGUAUCCUCAAGGAGGCUACCAUGGAAGAAGUGACAACACAAGUUGAAACUGCCAUUGCUGUCAAUGAUGUUGGGAAGGGCACUUCAUCCAGCACACAAAAAGAAUCACUGCAGGAUGUAGUAAUGGCAUUAGGUGAGACUGCUAGUGACGAUGAUAUUGUUUGGAUUGGCAGUUCAUCGACUACGCUGCAGAAAGUUCUUCCUAAAGAAGCAACAGAUGGAAACAUCAAUGCCGGUGGCGAUGUUGGAUAUUGCGCUUCGUCCAGUAUCCUGCAGGGGGCGACGCAGGAGGAAGUGAAAUAUGUAGAUGUAGCUGCCAAUAUUACAGAUGCGCCGAAAGAGGUCAGUUCUUUCAGUAUGCCAAAGGAAGCGGUUCAUGAAGAGGACACACCGCUAACUGCUAAUACCAUUAAUUUGCUAGGAGAUAGCAAUUCAUCCGUUAUGCUGGAGGAAGCAAUGCAUGAGACAGUAACCACGAAAGAACUAUCUGCCAAUGCGCUUGACAUAGCUGGAAAGAGCAGCUCAUCUACUAUGCUCCAGGAAGAUGUCAUGACUUCUCUCUGCCAAGAGUCUCAAGAAAUUAAAGAAACUGAAAUAGGAAAUGUUGGAGACAAGAAGAUUGAUGAAACAACUGAAUCUAUCGCAUCCCAGCCAGUGGAAGAGGGACUCGAGAGGUACGGUUGUGAAAAUAGAGUUGCGCUUGACAAAACUGAAGUUGUAGAAGAAAAAGAAGCAGCAGUUGAGAAUGAAAUCGUUGCGAAACAAGUAAUACAUGUUGAUCUGGAGGCCAAACUUGCAGGUACUGGUGCUUUCCUUCAACCACCCAAGGACCAUAUUAAGGAUACUGAGGAAGAGGACACGACUUUGGAUCUGAUUAUGGAGAAGCCAAGGGCUGAAGAUAAAGGAAAGGGUAUAGCAUUUGAUGUCCUUAAUAAGGCAGGUGGUGGUACUUUAGCGGGGAGAGGUUUUGACAUAGGAUUGCAGCCUGACACAGACCAAAAAGAAGCAUGGAAAUCUACAAGCACUACUUCCGUAAAGCAGGAAGAUGACACACUCAAGAUAGGGAGACUCGAUCUUUCACUAAGCUUGUCAGGUGGUUUACACGAUCCUGAAUUCAGAAGUUCUGUUCCCAGGCCUGAUUCUGUAGCCCAUGGACCAUGCUCUCAGUUGUCGUCGUCAUCAUCAUCAUUCUGCACAAAUUCAGAUGGAAUAACAGCUUCUGUAUCAUUGACCAAUUCUCAAGCAUUUGUUCGCAACCCUAGUUUCUCACAUACUCAACGGUCAUUGGACAAUUGUGAGCACUCAGUAGGCAGUAAACCUUUGUUUCAAGGAGUUGAUCAGGUGAGCAACAGCACAGGAUGGCAAGUAGAGUUGUCGUCAAACAUAUCUACCGAGAAAGGGAACCCUACCCCGCUACUUCAGAAAGCACUCCAAAAUGGUCAUUUGUCAGAUACCACUUUGGUUGGUGUGAACAUGCAGAACAAUGGGCUAUCGCCAGUCCUGUCGACAGCACAUAAUCAUGGUUCGCUUGAUGCUGGAUUGGGACAUAGUAGACAUAGAAGGCAGCUCACAAGAGAGAGAAGUAGCAGCAGUCUUUCAAGGGGUGAGCUACAGCAUGAGGAACAGCUUGUUCUGAAUGGUGCUGGUGUUGUUGAGAGGGUUAUUUCCAAGAUUGUUUCAGACCCUCUGAAUUAUACAGGAAGGAUGCUUCAAGAGAUGACAGGCAAUUCUAGAGCAUAUUUGAGGGAGGCCAUUUCUGAGAUCAUAAUUAAUGCUGAUAAAAGAGGACAAAUAGUAGCGUUGCAGGAGGCACUUAAAAAACGAUCAGACUUGAAUAGUGAAAUACUGCAAAGGUGUCCACGGGUGCUGUUGGAGAUACUUGUUGCUAUAAGGACGGGUCUUCCAGAUUUUUUAAAGAAAAGCAGUAGCAUUGCUACACCUGAUUUGGUUGACAUUUUUUUGAAUUUGAAAUGCCGCAAUCUCUCAUGCCAAAGCGUUCUACCAGUGGUUGAUUGUGAUUGUAAAAUUUGUAAGCAGAAGAAUGGUUUCUGUAGUUCUUGCAUGUGCAUUGUCUGCUUGAAGUUUGACACGGCAUCUAAUACAUGUAGUUGGGUUGGCUGUGAUGUCUGUCUUCAUUGGUGCCAUACGGAUUGUGGCUUACGCCACUCCCUUAUUCGAAAGGGGGGAGCUGGUUCUAGGGCACAUGGUACUAAUGAAAUGCAGUUUCAUUGCGGUGCUUGUGGACAUCCAUCAGAGAUGUAUGGUUUUGUGAAAGAAGUCUUCCGAACAUGUGCUAAACAAUGGAGGGUGGAGGCUCUGAUCAGAGAGCUUCAAUACGUGGAAAGGAUCUUCUCUGCAAGUGAUGAUGCAAGGGGUAGGAGAGUCAGGGACUUUGUCAAGCAGAUGUUGAUUAAAUUGGAAAACAGGGGUUAUUAUUCUGAAGUCAUCAAAUAUGUCAUUGCAUUCUUUUCUGAUGACAAUCCUAACAUGGGCAGUGGUCCAUUAGUGCCACUAAAGGGCAUUCCAUGCAGCAUUGCUGAAGGAAUAAAUGGGAUUCCUAGUUCGAGUCGAACGGCAACAUGGUUACCAUCAGUUACCUUAGAAGGAGUCCCGUUCCUACAAAAAGCAGGUGUUGUUUCUACUGCUGGGAGCCAAUCGAUGUCUAGAAAAAUAGCUGAAACUGGAUUUCAGGCGGUCAAUAAUAAGCCAGUUUCUGAUGAACUGGAUGGUCUAGUGAGGUUAAAGCAGGCUGAAGCAAAUAUGUACCAGGAACGUGCCAAUGAAGCACGUAAAGAAGCUGAGAGUCUGAAAAAUAUUGUGAUGGUAAAAUAUGCACGCAUUGAAGAACAUUAUGCUACUCAAAUGUCUGAACUCCACAUAAAUGAGUUGCAAGAGAGGCGCAAGCAAAACAUUGAAGAACUUCAAGUCAUUGAAAGAUCGUACCAUCAAUUUCUCAGCAUGAAAACGAGGAUGAAAGAUAACAUUAGGGAGUUAUUGUUGAAAAUGGAGGCAACAAAACAGAAUCUAAGCACAUAAACGAGGUUACUGCCCGUGUUUAGUUACAGAUACCAAACUUGCUGAGCUUAGUGAAGGCAGACUCCAUAUUGUGAGGACCAUCCUUCGAGCUCUUACAUGUCUGGUUGGCAAACGACUUGUCAUCUUUCUUGAAGAAUUGCUCUUCAGAAAACAGCAAUGCUGAAUUUCAAGAAGGUGCGAGCAGGCGGGCAGGUCUCGUUCCUAAGAACCAGUUUUGCUGAUCCAGUUUUGAAUCAAUUACGACGGAACAGCGCUGGUUCAAAGCCAACAGCUCUGUAAGCUCCUGGAAACGAAAUUUUCCUGGGUCCCGGUGGCAGCGGAAUUAUGUUAGGCCAGUUGGUGGUAGUGUAUGUAGGGCAUGGAACUGGAUCUGUAAAUUAUGGUACGUCUGUAGUACUUGCCAUUUUCGAUGGGAAUAUGUAUGCAUCAGGCCAUGUCUGAAAUGGCUGCUUAGUUUGUAGUCUCUCUCUCUGCAACAGAUGAACAAAACUCUGCCCGAGUUAUCGAAGACUGUCUCUCAGUUAUUCUAUCGUGAUAUUAUCUCUCAGAGAUUUCUGCUCUAA